UCCAUUUUUUUCCUGCCUUUCCACUGAUUUCCUUUUUAUCGUUGUUACUAGUUACUUAUUGAUAUUAUUGCUGCAAUAAUGGUGGUGACUGUGACUAUGAUGAUGUGUUGCUGAUAGUGGUGAUUAAAAAAAAAAUGACUGCUGAUUUUUAACCAGAUGAAAAUGGAGUUUUUCUGAAUGAUCCUAACUGACUCUGGGCUUUUAACCCCUUGGGGGGGAAAACACAACAAGGUUUUUAAAACACAUUUUUUAAAAAAGUGGAUUGAUCACGUUAACUCUUUUUUUCCCUCCCUCACUGAUCGCCUGGCUGCCAAGAACAGAACCUGAUACCUCUCCAAAACUUACUUGAACAUCUCAGGAAGUUCCUACACUUUUUUAUUUUUUUUAUUUUUAAUUUUUAAUAUUUUAUUUCUAUUCAAUUUUUCAACUGUUGCUGCACUAUGUCUGUGGUGCUGAUCACUCUCUAGCAGUGACAGCCUUUCCCUGGUCAGAUCCCCAACCCUCCCUCUCAUGCCCUCUCAGUUCCCAUCCUGGUCUUUUCCUCUACACCGUCCCUCUCUUACAAGCGCCGUCAUGGAUGCCCAGUCUGGAGUAACAGAGGCAGCUACCAGCGGAGCCUUGCAUGGAGCAGGGGCAUACCCAUCUUGGCUGAUGCAGGUUAGCAUUUCUGCUGCGUGGGGUGAGCUAUGGCCAGCAACGUCACCAACAAGACAGAUCCCCGUUCCCUGAACUCCCGUGUCUUCAUCGGAAACCUCAACACCCUCGUGGUCAAGAAAUCUGAUGUGGAAGCCAUCUUCUCCAAAUACGGCAAGAUUGUUGGCUGCUCGGUGCACAAGGGCUUUGCGUUUGUGCAGUAUGUGAAUGAGCGCAACGCUCGCUCUGCGGUAGCGGGAGAGGAUGGCAGGAUGAUAGCAGGCCAGGUCCUUGAUAUUAAUCUGGCUGCGGAGCCGAAGUUGAACCGGGGUAAAGCUGGGGUGAAGAGAUCGGCCACAGAGAUGUACGGGUCAGUAGCCGCACCACCUUCUCCGUCCCCUCUAGUCAGGUCUUCAUUUGACCUUGAUUAUGACUUCCAGCGUGACUAUUAUGACAGGAUGUACAGCUACCAAGCACGAGUGCCCCCUCCACCCCCCAUUGCCAGGGCUGUGGUCCCUUCCAAACGUCAGCGGGUUUCUGGCAACACCUCUCGCAGAGGCAAGAGUGGAUUCAACUCAAAGAGCGGGCAGCGGGGAUCGUCCUCCAAGUCUGGGAAGUUGAAAGGAGAUGAUUUGCAGGCCAUUAAGAAGGAACUGACCCAGAUUAAGCAGAAAGUGGAUUCUCUGCUGGAAAGCCUUGAGAAGAUAGAGAAGGAUCAAAAACUGAAGAACGACAAGUCGGAGGAAGAGCAAAGCAGCAGUUCUACUAAAAAAGAAGAGAGCAAUGUUAAGAUGGAGUCUGAGGCUGGGGCAGAUGACUCUGCUGAGGAAGGGGACCUGCUGGACGAUGAUGAUAACGAAGACCGGGGAGACGACCAGUUGGAGUCCAUCAAGGGGGAUGACAAGGAACCCGAAGAAGGGGAAGACGACAGAGACAGUGCCAAUGGCGAAGAUGACUCCUAAGAGCCCAACAUACCUCUCCUCUCUGCUCCCUGGCCCACAUGGCGUUCUUCUGAUUGAGCCUCUCACCAACCCUCUUCUCCCUCGCUGGCUGCUUCCUCACUGCCCUCCUUCCCUCUUGCAGCCCUGUGUGUUUUACGAUGUUGUGUCUUCUGUUGCAUCUGCCCUUCGUUCCACCUCCUUCCCUUCAUCUGCUCCAGUAGUUCAGUUCAGUCCCUUGUAAUUUUCCUCUUUUAAUUUUGAUACCUCUUUAUUGACUUAACAAUAAAAAGACGUAUUGUUUUUAGA